AUGUCUGACGCUAAGGCUGUCCUGCACGGGUGUGAUGACCACUGGACUUUCCAGGAGCAGGGGCGUAUGCCUGUGCUCUUUCAAACUACGGUAUGUGUGGAUGUACAGGUCCUUUCCCCAGGCGAGUGGACAGCAUUUAGCUACGUCUCAGCACCUGCACCCCGCUAUGAACUCGCCCUGCAGGGGGAUGCAAACAACCUGUACGCCUGGCUAUUGGGUGUACGGCACCAGUUCACUGUUCAGCUGACCAUUCAUCGCUGGUACCACAUAUGUCUACGGUGGGACGCCCCUCGUAAAAGCUUCAGCCUGACGAUAGGUGGAAACUCAGAAGUAUACCAGCGGACCGCCAUUGCCCGAGCAAUCCCUCCUACAGGGCGUCUUCUGCUGGGAUGCCAACCAAAUGAAGCCUCCCCUGUGGUGAAAAUGGCCACCGUGGAGCUCUACCUGUUUCGCAUAUGGGACGAUGUUGGAGAGCACAGGGCCUGUGAGGAUGGGACAGUGAUUGGCUGGGACUCACGACUUUGGGCCGUCACACGAGCCCAGGCUAGAGUCCAAGAUUAUACGUUGCAAUGUGGUCUAGGACAUCUGCGUAUGAAACGCAGUGCAGACGAAACUACAACCCCAUACAGUGGCUCCUCAUCUGAGAAGGGAUCUUCAUCCACCCCCGUCUCUACAUCACUGCUAUGUUCUCUUUGUAAAGGCUUGUGCCCAGAGCACAAUAAUUCACCCCCUGGAGAUGGUUUAGUGCACUGCACAUCUCCAAUGACUUAUGAUGAUUUCUGCAAGACCCAGGGGCCUGUCAAUGUCACAUGUUCUUAUAAGGAAAAUGGCUUCGUUCCUAAAGACUUGGUUGCUAAUCAGUCCUGCAACGUUGAGAACCAACAACAUUGUGAGUGUCACGUGUCUACCAACAACGAGACAUAUUAUGCUGUUCGUCUAAAUAUUAGAAGCCCAGAUGUGAAUUUCCCCUACAUUCAGGACAUGGCUGUGAUUGAUACUUUGCAGGGAAUGCACUUGGAAUGUUUUGGUGAAGGAACAAGUGCACAGGGUCAGACAUUUGCUGUUAUUUUAAAUGAGAGCUGUGAAGUCUCACCUUCUGAGUCCUACCCAACUCAAGCUGUCCCUCCUAGAACAAGCUCUGAGAGCAAGGCAACAACUAAAAACCCAAAUGCAGUGGCUAGCAAUCUUCUGAAUCAAACACAGAAUGUGGCAUCUUUAAACUCAACUCAGGUCAAUCAGCUGGUCAGCCAGCUAGAGAAUCUUAUCUCCACACCCAACAUUAGUCUGGAUCUAGGCCGAACAGUGCUGUCCGUCAUCAACAACUUUCUUAACAGCUCUACAGAUACUCUGGCUGCCUCCUCUAACCGAUUAAUCAAAGCUGUGGAUAAUUUGGGUCUGAAACUUGUGAUUCGCGACCAGACUGAAAACAUCGCAUUUGAUUCACUCGCUUUGACGGUGACCAAAGUUGAUGGAAGCAACUUUGGGACAACAUCAAUCUCAAUUGCAGAUCCCUUAAACCCACAGGUCACAAAAGGACUUCAGAGACAAGUCAGGGCAGUGGAAAGUUCCUCCCCUCUGGCCAAAAUAACACUACCUGCGUCCCUGACAGAGAACCUCUCUCCAGAAGAAAAGAAGAUAGCUUCUAGAGUCCAGUUCACUUUCUUUCAGAAAAGCACAUUUUUUCAGGAUAAAAACCUGAGUCAACAUAUGCUGAACAGCCACAUUCUGGGCUCUAGUGUGGCUAACCUGUCAAUCAAAAAGCUGAGGGAGAAUGUUGAGUUUACUCUGAGGAAUAAGCAGCCUCCGGGGAACUAUGUAGCUUCCUGUGUAUUCUGGGACUUUCACCAAAACGGAGGUUUAGGAGGCUGGAAUCACAAUGGCUGCUAUGUCAAGAACAGCUCCGAGAAUGAAACCAUCUGCAGCUGCAAUCACCUGACAAGCUUUGCUGUACUACUGGACAUUAGCCAGCAAAUAUUACCUGAUUUACAGGACAAAAUCCUUACCUUCAUCACUUACAUCGGAUGUGGGGUGUCCGCCAUCUUUCUCUCGGUUACUCUGCUCACCUACCUCGCAUUUGACAAAAUCCGACGUGACAUCCCUUCAAAGAUCUUGAUCCAUUUGUGUUUCAGCCUGCUCUUGCUGAACCUGGUGUUCUUGUUGGACUCGUGGCUGGCGUUGUACCGAGAUGCUGAAGGCCUGUGCAUUUUCACAGCCUUCUUCCUGCACUACUUCCUGUUGGUCUCCUUCACCUGGAUGGGGCUGGAGGCUCUGCAUAUGUACCUGGCCAUCGUCAAAGUCUUCAACAACUUCAUGUCCAGAUACAUGCUGAAAUUUUCCCUGGUAGGCUGGGGAGUCCCUUUGGUUGUUGUCAUUAUUGUGAUUGCGGUAAACAAAGAGAACUAUGGCCUCAUAAGCUAUGGGAGAUUUUCUGAUGGAACUAAAGAUUUUUGUUGGCUGAACAAUAGCAUAGCAUUCUACGUGGCUGUUGUGGCAUACUUCUGCAUCAUAUUUGUGUUGAACCUGGCCAUGUUUGUGGUGGUGAUGAUCCAUCUGAGACGAAUCAAGCGCAGAAACCCUCACAAUAAUCAGUAUCGCAGCAGCUUGCAUGACCUACGUAGCGUUGCGGGACUCACUUUCCUGCUCGGGCUUACAUGGGGCUUCGCCUUCUUCGCAUGGGGACCUGUCCAUUUCGCCUUCACGUACAUGUUUACCAUUUUAAAUUCCCUACAGGGAUUUUUAAUUUUUAUUUUCCACUGCGCUCUGAAGGAAAAUGUCCGUAAACAGUGGAGAAUGUACCUCUGCUGUGGCAGUUUACGAUUGGCUGAAAAUUCAGAGUGGAGUCGGACAGCCACACAGAGCAACCACACUAAAAAGACUUCGAUUGUGACGGCAGAUUCAGGGAUCCACAGUGCACCUCGAAGCUCAGUGAGCAGCGAUGACUCGGUGCCGUCCCAAGGCAUCGGCUCACCAAUGGAUGACAGUCUGAUCAUAUCAGGGGAAAUGAAUGACGACGUGGUCCUCAACGAGAUGAACAGUCAAAUCCGUCCACGAUUCAGAUCUGAAUAGCUUUUA